AUGUCUCAGUAUGCCAGCAGGAACCUCCCUCUGUGUGGGACAGAUGUCCCUGCAACACUCUUCAGGCAGUUUAAGAUCCUGACCAGGCUGACUGCAGCACCCAUCACAAGCCCCCGCCCUCUCCUCCACCCUCUCCUCCACCCUCUACACCCUGUCCUCCACCCUCACCACGCUCUCCCCCAUCCUCCCCUCUACCCUCUCCACCACCCUCUACACCCUCUCGUCCACCCUCCACCCUCGCCUCCACGCUCUCCCCCAUCCUCUCCCCCCCUCCACCCUCUCAAUGCUCUCCACACCCGCCCCACCCUCCCCCAUCCUCUCCUCCACCCUCACACCUCUCCUCCACCCUCUCCACGUUCUCCCCCAUCCUCUCCUCUACCCUCUCCUCCACCCUCUACACGCUCUCCCCCAUCCUCUCCUCUACCCUCUCCUCCACCCUCUACACCCUCUCGUCCACCCUCUCCACCCUCGCCUCCACGCUCUCCCCCAUCCUCUCCUCCACCCUCUCCUCCACCCUCUCAAUGCUCUCCACCACCCUCCCCACCCUCUCCCCCAUCCUCUCCACCACCCUCUACACCCUCUCCUCCACCCUCUACACGCUCUCCCCCAUCCUCUCCUCUACCCUCUCCUCCACCCUCUACACCCUCUCCCUCCCCCUCUACCCUCUCCACCACCCCUACACCCUCUCGUCCACCCUCUCCACCCUCGCCUCCACCCUCUCCCUCCUCUCUCCCUCCACCCUCCCCCAUCCAAUGCUCUCCACCACCCGCCCCACCCUCUCCCCUCCUCUCCUCCCACCCUCACCCUCUCCUCACCCUCUACAUGCUCCCCCAUCCUCCCCUCUACCCUCUCCCACCACCCUACCCCUCGUCACCUCUCCACCCUCGCUCCACGCUCUCCCCCAUCCUCUCCUCCACCCUCUCCUCCACCCUCUCAAUGCUCUCACCCGCCCACCCUCUCCCCCAUCCUCUCCUCACCCUCUACACCCUCUCCUCCACCCUCCACGUUCCCCCCAUCCUCUCCUCUACCCUCCUCCACCCUCUACACGCUCUCCCCCAUCCUCCCCUCUACCCUCUCCACCCUCUACACCCUCUCCUCCACCUCUCCACGUCUCUCCCCAUCCUCUCCUCUACCCUCUCCUCCACUCUACACGCUCUCCCCCAUCCUCUCCUCUACCCUCUCCACCACCCUCUACACCCUCUCGUCCACCCUCACCCCCGCCUCCACGCUCUCCCCAUCCCUCCUCCACCUCUCCUCCCUCUCAUGCUCCUCCACCACCCUCCCACCCUCUCCCCAUCCUCUCCUCCCCUCUCCACCUCCCCCAUCCUCUCCUCUACCUCUCCUCCACCCUCUACCCUCCCACGCUCUCCAUCCUCUCCUACCCUCUCCUCCCUCUCCACGCUCUCCCCCAUCCUCUCCUCUCCCCUCUCCUCCACCCUCUACACCCUCUCCUCCACCCUCCCCACCCUCUCCACGCUCUCCCCAUCCUCUCCUCCACCCUCUCCACCCUCGCCUCCACGCUCUCCCCCAUCCUCUCCUCUCCCCUCUCCUCCACCCUCUACACCCUCUCCUCCACCCUCCCCACCCUCUCCACGCUCUCCCCAUCCUCUCCUCCACCCUCUCCACCCUCGCCUCCACGCUCUCUAA